UAUACGUAGUACACGGUACGUUCGGACGACGCGCGACUCAAAGGCAUAUCGACGGUGUGCGUGUGUGUGUGCUUCGAAAAUUGUGAUAAUCACGCUAGCAUCUCGCAGACGAUGGUAUUGAUACAGGAGAGGUGAUCCCCAGGAGUGUCUACUUUAUAAUAAAUUUAACGAUGGCUAGUAACGCAAGAGGGAUACCCCGUAUACAAGUUUUUAGACCGACAUACGAGGAAUUCAAAAAUUUUACGAAAUAUGUAGAAUAUAUGGAAAGUCGAGGAGCUCAUAAGGCUGGUUUGGCAAAAGUAAUACCACCACCCGAAUGGAUCCCCAGGAAGACAGGCUAUAAUCUUGACGAGUUAGACCUUACUAUCCCAGCGCCAAUCUGCCAAGUUGUCACUGGAAAACAAGGACUUUAUCAACAAAUUAAUAUCCAAAAAAAGUCGAUGACCGUACAAGAAUAUAGCAAAUUAGCCAAUUCUGAUCGUUAUGCUACUCCUCGUCAUUUUGACUAUGAAGACUUGGAGAGGAAAUACUGGAAAAAUAUAACGUAUGUGGCGCCGAUAUAUGGCGCAGAUGUAUCUGGUUCUUUAACGGAUCCAGAUGUGAAAGAGUGGAACAUUAAUCAUUUAGGAACGAUUCUGGAUUACGUUAAUAAAGAUUAUGGAAUAUCCAUCGAUGGUGUUAAUACAGCUUAUCUGUAUUUUGGAAUGUGGAAAACUACAUUUGCUUGGCACACAGAAGAUAUGGAUCUUUAUUCCAUAAAUUAUUUACAUUUUGGUGCGCCGAAAACAUGGUACGCUAUACCUCCGGAACAUGGACGUAGAUUAGAGAGACUAGCUAGCGGUUUUUUUCCAACUAGCUAUCAGAAUUGCCAAGCUUUCUUGCGCCACAAAAUGUCUCUUAUGUCUCCUCAAAUAUUAAGACAGUAUUCUAUUCCAUGUAACAAAAUAACGCAGGAAGCUGGAGAAAUAAUGAUUACAUUUCCAUAUGGUUAUCAUGCUGGUUUUAAUCAUGGAUUUAAUUGCGCCGAAUCCACUAAUUUUGCAGCACCUAGAUGGGUAGAAUAUGGAAAGAGAGCUACGCAAUGUACCUGCAGUAAAGAUAUGGUCAAAAUAUCUAUGGAUACCUUCGUGAAACGUUUUCAACCAGAUAGGUAUCAAUUGUGGCUACGUGGUGAGGAUAUUGGUCCUCAUCCUGAAGAUCCUAGGCAGACUGCUGCACCAAUGCCGUCACAAAUGGAUCUGUUAUGUAGUAAUAGUAGCAAUGGUGAAUUACCACAAGACUAUUUGAGUGCAACACCAAAAAAUAAGCGACAUAUGAUUCAUAAGAAAAAGAAUAUUAUACGCACGAAUCCUGGUAUUAAUAUGGAAGAACUUGUGAAUCGUGAAGAUAUUCCACCGGAUGUUAAAAAGGCCUUACAAGAUAUUGAAUUUGAUGAAUUAGAAGAACCACCAGAUGAACAACAGUUAGAAGUUCUCGAAGAUAUAUGGUUAAAAGCAGGAGAAAUAGAAAUUGAUGAAGUAAGUGUCUAUGAUGAUGGUUACAAUCGCAAGAAAAGCAAAAAAAGAAAGAAAAAACAAGGUGGAGAUAAAGAAAAAAAACCAAAAAUUGAAUCAAAAUCCAAGAAGGAAGCAAGUAGAAUUAAUGUGCAGAAUGUAAUUAAAGCCGAAAUAAAAACUGACGAUGAUAUAUCUUCCUUUGAAUACAUAUCUCAGGAAAAUAUAGAAGAAUUUCCUGUACCUCAAGGAAAUUAUAAUGAUGAAAUUAUUAUAAAAGAUCAAUCUACAGAUCCUCUAAAAAUAAACAACUAUACCUCAGCUGGUUUUAAUUCUUCAGUUGUUGAAAAAAAUACCAAAAAGAAAAGGAAGUAUACAAAACAUAAUAACGAGCAGAAGAAAUUGAAACCGAAACGUGUGUCCAAAGGUAGACGCAAACGCGAUAACGUACCGCUUUUCGAUGCAUUAACUUCAAACGUUUCAGAUGCUACUGUACAAACUGAAGCUAAAUCAUUAGAUGAUCUUAACAUAUAUACUGUAAAUAAUAUAUGUAAUAAUCAAGAAAAAUAUAAUUUAAUGCAGCUAAGUGUUUCACUUAGUAAUGAGCUUAAUAAGAAAACCAUGAAUAUAACUAAUACUGAUGAAAUAAAAAGUUCGUUUAACGACGAAACAGACAUGGCACAAUUAAUGAGUGCUACGGAAAGCAACAUAAUUACUUCACUGACAACUGAUAGCAGUGAUUCUUCAACAAUGACAUUUCCAAAUAAAAAUUUUGAAAACUGUUUUGCUAAUGAACAGAAUAUAAAUUCUGCAUGUCAGAACGAAAGUACGAGAACCACAGCUGCUCAAAUAGAACAAAUGUUUACAGGUGUAAACGACAAAAAUAUGGGUAUGUUUACAGAAAGAGGAAUAAUAAAAAGUAAUACUCACAAAAACUUGUUAAAAGCGCCUCGUUUGAAUCUACCGUCAUUGAUUACAUCUCCCAAAUUGCAAACUGAAAAUCAGCAGCCUAUGUCAAAGAUUUAUAAGGAACAAACACAAAAGAAACUUAUUAUUUUACUAGCUUUCCCUACACCUCCAGUUUUACAAAAUGAAACGGAAAGGCAGUAUACCACAAACGAUAGCAUUAUCCAAAAUGCUCCACCAUCGUUAGAAUUUUCAGUUCUUCAGUCAAGGCUUCCAUCUGAUACUGCUAUUACUCAGGUGCCUAAUACUAAUUGCAGCCCCACGUUUUCCAAUGUUGCGCAUCCAUUUAACCAGCCUAACACAAAGAUAAAAAUAACUAUGGGGCAGUCACCUUAUACGAGCAACAGUUCCAAGAAAAUAACAGAAUCACCUUUGCACAACGUAUAUCCAAAUGCUUCUAAAACAUCUCAAGCUGUCGUAUUAAAAAAAUCAAAUAUUCCUAUUGUAAAUUCAUCAUCCGUAUUACCACAGACGAAUCCGAUAUCUAAUGCAAUGUCGCAACUUCCAAAGUGUACUUUGGUAGAAAACGGCAAUCAACCUAUAUGGAUACCUAUAAGUAUGUGUACGCAAAAUAAAAACACUGAUGUAUCAACAAUUUUUUUACCUACAGCUGCACCUGCAGUUCAAAACAGUUCAAAACCGAUUAUUCCAAAAAUUACUAAGAAUGUAUCAACGCGUCAAAGGCCACGAAAAGAAACAUCACGUAGGAAAACGUCGGUGAAAAAUAAUAAGUCAAAUGAUAAUGCAUCUUCGAAUACUUUUCAAGCUAGCACUGUGAAUACUUCCGAAAUUGAAGUUAAUUCUAAUAUGCUGAUAAAUACGACCGAUUCAGAUAUGCUAUCACGAAUUACAAAUACGCAAAACAAUGUGUUACACAAAGAUGAAUAUUUAAAUACAUCUGACAAUAAAACACAAAUGCAAAACUUACAAAAGCAAACAGAUAUUCAUUCACAUAUAAAAUCUAAAUCAAAACAUAACGCAUCUAUAUUAAGAAAGAAAUCCAAAGAGAAAAAAGCUACAACAAGGAGAAAACCAUUUACUAUCGCUCCAAAACCUAUUAUACCCCUAAAUGUGGCUUCUUCGGCUGUUGUUUCUGUAAACACUGCUUCUCCAAUUAUUGCAAAUGUUGCAACAGCUGUUACAAAUGUUGCAACAGCCAUUGCAAAUGUUACUUCUGUGACCGAUACUCCUAUAAGUGUUACUCCUGCGAUUUCUACUAUGGCUGUUGCUACCCCAACUGUUGCUUUGGUGAUAGAACCCACAAAAGAACAGUCUACAUCAACACAAUCUGCCGAUAUGCCACAAUUUUGUAGUUCUCAACCAACAUCAACACAAUCUGCCGAUAUGCCACAAUUUUGUAGUUCUCGGCCAACAUCAGUAAUACCAGGGCACAUUUCUGAUAUGAUUUAUCCGAAUAAACCAAACAAUGAUCUACUGAAAGCAUUCAAUGAUUAUUGGAGCGCUCAAGUGUCCCAUUGUGCAAUAUGCGCUACUUUUGCCUCAUGUACAAAUGGAAAUAGAAUGAUGUCACCUGAUUGGAAAUAUUGCAAAUCAACUACGUUACCUGAAAAUACACCAAUAUGGGUGCCAGCCGAUAUUUUCGCAGCAAACUCUAUGGAACAAACUGUGAGAUCAGAGAAUAACAAACUUUUACGAUGUAGAGAAUGUCAUGUAACUGUUCAUGCAUCUUGUUAUGGUAUAACUAUAUUACCUACCGAUACCCAAAAUUGGGCCUGCGACAGGUGUCAAGCUGGUAAAAACGAUGCAAUGUGUUGUAUGUGCCCAAUGUAUGGUGGUCCAUUGAAGCGUACCAGUGAUAGCAGAUGGGCGCAUAUCUUAUGUACACUUAUGGUACCAGGAGCCACAUUCAAAGAUGCCAUAAAUAAAGAUCCUAUCAAUGUAUUAACGAUCAUCACGGACUCAUUAUGGAAAAAAUGUUGUUUUUGCAGUCAAGACAGUGGAGCGUGUCUGAAAUGUAAUCAGUGCAAUAAUGUGUUUCAUCCGUCUUGUGGUCUCGUGGCAGGAGCUAUAUUUAACAUACCGGUGUAUACUUCACAGGAAUUUCAGGUAACAUGUAAUGAACAUGAUGAAGGCAAAGAAAAGGUCCCGCAGAUACGCCAAGGAGAAACUGUUUGGGCAAAGCAUCGUAACAAACGAUAUUAUCAAGCCAAAAUAGAAGCUAUCGAGGAUAUCCUUUUUUAUAUGGUUACAUUUGAUAACGAUAACAGUUUCAGUGAUGAUUUAUACCCUGAAGAUGUAGUUAACUAUAAAGAUGCUCCACCUCCAAUUGGAGCCGCAGUAAAGGUGAACUGGACAGACGGUAAAUUAUAUAAUGGCAUCUUCGAAGGUACAAAUCAUCAAUUAAUAUUUACUGUAUCGUUCCCGGAUAAUUCUCACCUUACUUUAAAGCGUAAUGACAUCUACAGUUUACAAGAAGAAAUGCCAAAAAGAGUGCGUUCUCGUCUGUCUGUUGCAACUGAAAUGAAGCACCGAUCUCAUCUUUAUGGCACUGAAGGUGAAACAGAAGCGCAAAGAAAAGUGAAACAUUUAAAAAAUUACGAUUGAAUAGAGUUGUAACAAAUUAAUGUAAAUAAUUAUUAAGAAAAAGGAGUUAAAAUGAUUAAG